UGCAGUGCAGUGUCAUGGAAACAAUAUGGCGCCGGAGAAACAUUCACUUUUUUUUACUGAAAAACGGACUUGCAAAAUGUAGUCGAUUCUCAGCACACUUUUACUUCAUCAAUUCACUCUUGUGGGCAAUGCUGCUAUUGCUGCUAAAUUUUUGGAGUCUGUAGUCAACGUGUUAUCAGCUCGUUAUAUUGAGAAAGAUUCCAACCCUGUCAUGGACGGGGAAGAUUUCCCUCGUGGCGGACAAGCCACAAUUUCUCAAUUGGAGAGGCGAGAAAUCGCUCGCCAGGCGAAAAGUGAUGUCCUCUUUCGUGAGUCCACCGAUGAGAAGCCAGAUGGAAAGGCUGACAAGUAUGCUGAAGAGCUGGAAGCUGCAGAGGUCGCAAAGAAGCCCAGGCCGAAAAAACGGAAGAGAGAUGUCCAGGCUCCUGGUGUCAAGGAGAAGGACGCAGAGGCUGCUGCAGAAAAGAGGAAGUUCUCCGUGGAUGUGCUCUCGUUCAAGAAACUCUCUGUUGGAAUGCUGAUGCUCGGUGCUGUCAAUGAGAUUACUGACUUUGAGCUGAUUGUCAGCCUGCCGCAUGGCUUGUCGGGCUACGUACGCCCCACGGACGUCUCACCUCAGUACACAGAAGCGCUCCUACGCGCUGCAGAGGCGGCAGAAAUUGAAGCCGCCAAAGGCGAUGCGUCAGACAGUGAAGACGACGAGGAGACGCCGGACUCGGAUGCUCCUGCUCUCAACUCUAUGUUUCACGUUGGCCAGCUGUUGACCUGCAUAAUCAAGGAGACACAUAGUACAAAGGAUGUAAAGAAGAGGCGUAUUCGUCUUUCUCUGCAUUCGGCAGAAAUCAAUCAGUCGCUUAGCUCAGAUGCUCUUCGCCCGGGUGUGACUGUGCAAGGUCACGUUUCCAGUAUUGAGGAGCAUGGCUAUCUUAUCGAGUUUGGCCUGAAGAGGCGCACUGCUUUCCUGCACAAUCGCCGAGCCAAGACCUAUAGCAAGCUACACAAUGGUGACCGUCCCCUGGUACUUGGGCAGCCUGUCCGCUGCCUUGUGCUUGAGUGUGACGCUGAUACGCGUGUGGUUCCUGUCACUAUCAACCCAACCGAAGUCGCUGAGGCUGUGGCGAAUUCGGACUGUGUGACCCGCUUCACUGAGCUCACGCCCGGUAUGAUGGUCAGUGGCAAGAUUUUGCAGCGUGCGCCCAACGGAGCUGCCAUGUCUUUCCUGAGCGGUAUUGCCGGCAUGAUCAGCACGUUCCAUCUUCCGCAGCAGCUGUUCAACGCCAGUCAGCUCCCGCCGAGCAAGAAGAUCAAAGCUCGUAUUAUCCACGUCAACCUAACGUCUAAAGUGGUUGGUUUCUCAGCCCAACAGCACAUUGUGGAGAACAAGGCCUACACGUUUCCUGACCUACAACUGGGUGGCAUUGUAGAGGAGGCCGCUGUGAAGCACGUGGAGGAGAAUGUCGGCGUUGUCAUCAAGAUGACGGACGCUGGCAUGCAUGGAUUCGUACAUAUUUCGAACUUGUCUGACGAUCACCUGGAGAAGAUCGGCAAGCGCCACAAGACUGGCACAGUGCACAAGUGUCGUAUUCUUGGAUUCAACUCGCUGGAUGGCCUCGCAUCGGCAUCAAUGCAGCAGUCAAUUUUGGAUCGGCCAUUCCUUGGCUUGAAGGAUGUUGUUCUCGGUACAUCCAUGAAGGUGGAGGUCAUCUCUAUUGAAACAUCCGGUGUGGUGGUGGCAGUUAGUGACCAUCUGCGCGGCUUCAUUCCGCUCAUGCAUCUUGCCGAUAUCCCGCUGAAGAAGCCGGGCAAGAAAUUCCGUGAAGGCGGCAAGGUGGCGUGCAGGAUUCUCGAAGUGACUCCAGCACGCCGUCGCCUGUUGCUCACAGCGAAGAAGACCAUGGUCCGUAGUGAGCUGCCUGUCCUCUCCAAGAUCAGCGAGGCACUUGUGGGUUCCAACUACACUGGUUUUGUGGCUGGUAUCCGCCACUACGGAUUGAUUGUCGCCUUCUAUGGUGGGACAACAGGAUUGCUGCAUCGCACAGAGUUGAGUGUGUCUACGUUCGAUGAUGACCUGGGCAAGAUGUACUAUGUUGGUCAAGUGCUGCAGUGUAGAGUCAUCUCUGUAGACCAUGGCAAACUACGGCUGUCGCUCAAGGCUCACGGAGCUGCUUCCAGUGGAAUCGCCGGUCUAUCUCCAGGAGAGAUCUUCCCCGCCAAGUACUCGUCAACGAAUGACAAAGGUAUUGACGUGCUGCUGCAACCCAGCAACAAGCCCGUAACAGUGACGCUGUCGCACCUGUCCGACUUUCCGCAGCACUGCGAGCAACUGGCGCGCUGUAUUGCCAGCAGCCAGGGCGAGGCGGCCGAGUUUGUGCUGGAGAGACUCGCCGUGCUUGGCUGCCGACCACUGCUGGUGUCCUGCAAGCCGAGCCUGGUGCCAGCUGAAGGUGAAGAUCUGUUUCUGCCUACGCUCGCCAGCCUAAAGGUUGGCCAGAUCCUUGUCGGUUUUGUUCGGCAAGUCGUGGCCUAUGGUGUUUUCGUGGAGCUCGCCAGUCAGCUGGUUGGCCUUGUGCCGGUGAAGAGUGUUGCCGAUGAGUUUGUCACUCACCCAGCUGAUCUCUACAGUCUUGGUCAAACCGUCGUAGUACAGGUGACUGAGGUUGACACGGUGAAGCAGCGGUUCAUCCUGUCAAUGAAGCCGUCCGACCUUGGUGCUCACUCCGGCCCGUCAUUGCCAACCCUGCUGGAGCAGUUCUGGCGAGAGAAGUCUGCCAUAGACCAGUGCCUGUCACAGUCUUCGGCCAAGCGCCAAGCUGUUCAUGACAUCGCAGUCGGAUCACUUGUAGAAUGCGAGUAUGUCCGUAGUCAGCCUUUUGGCGCUUCUCUGAAGGUGUGCGGCUCGGGAGCAACGGCCAUUGCCCCAACAUCGCUUGCAGAACAAGCUGAGUCGCUCACCGCUGGGGAUAUUGUCACCGCCGCUGUCUUGGACAAGGACGUCGAGAACGCCACCGUGUAUGUUAGCCUCGAUGCAGACCUCGUCAAAGUCUGGUCAGCUGCUACCGAAGUCGCCGAGGCUAGCGCAACAACCAGGAAGGAAAAGAAGAGGAAAGACUCUGAAUGCAGUGCCAAGGACACUCCCUCCCAGUCUGCUGUAAAGGCCUCUAAAGUCGGUGAAUUCACAGAAGGAAUCGUUCAGCUCAUCAAGCCCGACUGCGUUGUGCUGACUUUGCCGCAGUUUGGCUCGGCCGUCGCUCUGGGACUGGCUCAUCAGCAUCUCAAUGACUAUCGGCCUGCCAGUAAGCGCUACUCGCCAGGUCAGAAGCUAAAGACCGAGAUUGUCCGGCUGCCAUCCGCCAGCUCCCCAUUCGCUCUGGUUUCCCUCGGUCGCCUUCCUAGGCCACCCAAGCAGACCAGCGAUGGCUCGCCCAGGAGCAGUGAUGCCAAGGUCGCGGUGGGAGACGUAGUGUCCGCCAUGGUGAGGUCUGUGCAGGGCCUGCAGCUGAACGUGCGCAUCGGAGGCAAGCUUCUAGGCCGUGUUCACGUGACCCAGUUCACCGAUAAGCCAGCCGCAGGCAAGUGGCCAUUUGCUGACGUUCACAACGGCGACGAAAUCAAGUGCCGCGUGAUUGGAUUCCGCAAGCUCAAAUCAAACAGACAUCUUGAAAUCAGUCACCACGACUUCUACGAAGUGGCGGAGCUGAGUGCCAAGGAGAGUGUUGUUGAGAAUGACUCUCUUGACGAGGCAACUCUGAAGGAUAAGGACUUAACUGAGGAGCUUGUCCAGGAGCUGAAACCCGGAUCACGCGUGACUGCCUUUGUCAAAGAGGUCUGGAAGAGCAACCUGAAUCUCCUCGUUACUCCCACGGUCCGUGCCACUCUGCCCCUGUUGGAGGCCGCUACCACUAAGGAGGCUGCUGCUAAUCCGGAUAAGUACUUUCAGCCGGGCAGUGCUGUCACUGCGACUGUGACCAAGUUCAUCAAGGCCGACCGCCUGUUCCGCUUGGCUAAGUCAGUUGAGGUAUGUAUCGGUGAAGUGCGCACUUGUCGCAUUGCCAAGGUCAUCGCUGACGAAGCCCUGUUGCUGGAGCUACCCGGUGUGAAGACGUUUGCACGCUGCGCGUUGACCGACAUUAGUGACAGCUACGAGGAGGACCCGCUGAGCAACUAUCCAUGCCAUAUGAUCGCUAGGUGUUAUAUUCUGGAAAAGCAAAGCAGUGGCCAACUGGACGUGUCACUGCGACCAUCACGCACCUCAGGAUCUUCGUCAAGCAACAACGGUACCAUGCCGGACACCGCGUCCGAUGCGGAACGGCACGGGCAAUCGGGCACCGGUGCUACUGCCACCGCCACUGGCACCAGCGUGCGAGACCCAGAGAUCGAAUCCAUCGCUGACAUCAAGCAGGGCCAGAUCCUACGGGGCUACGUCAAGGCGGCUGUUGACAAUGCAGGUCUCUUUGUGAGGCUAUCUCGAAACAUUGUUGGCCGAGCCAAGAUCACUAACUUGUCAGAGAACUUUGUGAAGAAUUGGAAGAAGGCUUAUCCAGUUGGAAAGCUGGUGGUGACCAAGGUCAUGGCUGUGGACUAUAACCAGAGCAAGAUUGAGCUGUCGCUGCGUAACUCUCACAUCUCACCGCAGAAGCGCAAGCGCAAGACGUCCGAUUCCAAAGAUGCCGAUGGCCAAUCAGGCAAACGCACGAAGCUAACUGGUGGCCGUGUCUUGGCAGCUGCAGACGCAGAUAGUGAUGAUGACAAUGAGGUUGACAGUGAUGCGGAGCUCAGACAAAUGAUGGAGGAAGAAGGAGCAGAGAUGCUGACAUCUGACUCGGAGUCUGAAGAUGAUGUGGAGAAUGGAGAGCAAGACUCGGAAGACGCUGAUGUUGCUUCUCAGGGCUCAGACCAGGAUACGGAAGAUGACGAUAGCGAUACUGACAGUGACGAUGAUUCUGCUACUCCGGCUGGCAAGUCUUCUGCCGCAUGUUUGAAGCUACCAAGCAAGUUUGACUGGUGGUCUGAAGCACAAGCAAGUGCAGGCAAACAGGCUGCAGCGGCCGGAGCUGCUUCAGACAGUAGCUCUGACGACGAAGAUGGCGAGGAGAACAUGUCCAAUAGCCAACGAAAGAAGACCCGGCGACAGAAGCGUGCCGAGAAAAAGCAAGAUGAGGCCAACUUGCGAGCGAUGGAAGAGACUUUGCUGGACACGGAGCGCCCAAUGCAGACUGUGCAAGACUUUGAGCGCUUGGUGGCGGCCAAUCCGGACGAAUCGGACACGUGGAUCCAGUUCAUGGCGUGUCACAUGCACUCGGCGGAGAUUGACAAGGCGCGUGCUGUAGCCCAACGGGCCCUGGAAACGCUGAACUUCCGCAACGAGAAGGGCAAGCUGGAUAUCUGGGUGACCUGGCUCAAUCUAGAGAACGUAUACGGAAGUCACGAAAGUCUGAUGAAGGUGUUUGAUGAGGCCGUUCGCACCAAUGAACCAGAGAAGGUCUUCUUCCGCCUGGUGCGCAUCUACAUCCAAUCGAAGAAGUUUGAGCGAGCGGAUGACCUGUAUGCUACAAUGGUGAAGCGCUUCUCGCAGAGCCGAGAAGUCUGGGAACAGUACGGUCUGUUCAAGUUCCGCCAGGGCAAGCCCGAUGCUGCCCGCCGUCUGAUGGACAGAGGCUUGAAGAGUCUGCGAAAGUUUGAACACGUGGACGUCAUCAGCAAGUUUGCCCAGCUGGAGUUUAAGCAUGGCGAGGUCGAGCGUGGACGCACCAUGUUCGAGAGUCUCGUCACCAACUACCCGAAACGUGUCGACCUGUGGUCCAUCUACAUAGACAUGCUGCUGCGUGACGAACAUGUUGAUGAUGUCAGGGCGGUUUUCGAGCGCCUCAUCAACAUCCAGCUGUCAUCCAAGAAGAUGAAGCACGUCUUUAAGCGCUACCUGGAAUUCGAAAGCAAGCAUGGUGAUACCAGCACUGUUGCCGAGGUGACCAAGAAGCUACGAAAUAUGAGCGCACCGGAUACAGAGUAACAAACCUUUUUUUUUCUCUCUCUCUUUCGAAUCACCCUCACUGAGGGAACCCUGCAGAUAACCCUCCCCCAGUGAUUUAUAUUUUGCCGUAAUGUAACUUCUUGCUUGGCAGGUUUGAUACACUGAGUAGUCAUCUUGGAAAUCUGUCACCGAUCUGCUGGGUAUCUCUGCUAUUCUUGAGUUUUAAUGAGAUCACCUAUGAUUCAACAAGGAGGUGACUUCAUACUCUUUUUGGCUGUUGCUGAUGAUACUGGCUCUGGCCCGUGAGCCACCUCUCAGAGAUAUCCAUCAUAUGUUUGACCAUGUAACAAGAGCAGUGG